UCUCCACCCACAAAAACUUUGUUGGCUGUCUCGACACAUUUGAAUCUGGAAAACUCCAGAUCACUGCUGCAUUACAGUCGAGCUCACUGGGGUCAGUCUGAAGCCUGACGUGCCAAUCCUACAGUCACAUCUUGGACUCUUGACAGCCCUCAGGAUGCAAAUUAGUGGAGACAAGAUGCUGUUCAGCUUCUUUGUAUUGUCUUUUGGGUUCUUCCUGAACAUGGGGAUGUGUACUGCAGUGCAAUCAGAGCUGAGAAUCACAACAAUAAAGCAAGAGCCGUACACAGUUUCCAAGGGCACACAGCUGGAGGGUUUUUGCAUGGACCUGCUCUCUGAAGUAGCCAAGAAAGUGGGCUUCAAGUACAGAGUGCAGCUGGUGAAAGAUGGCUCGUACGGCAGGCAGGAUGACAACGGGAACUGGAACGGGAUGAUUGGAGAGGUGGUGAGAGGGGAGGCAGAUCUUGCAAUCGCUCCACUGACUCUCACUGCAGCUCGAGAGAAAGCUGUGGGGAUGACCAAACCAUUCAUGCAAACAGGAAUUAGCAUCCUGCUGAGGAAGGACAUCUCAGAGGGAUCAGGCUUCUUUGAUUUCCUGACCCCAUUUACGGCCGAGACCUGGGUCGGAAUCCUCAUCGCCUAUCUGGGGACUGCUGCAAGCAUCUUUUUAGCUGCCAGACUCAGCCCGUGUGAGUGGAGUCAACCUCAGAGUGAGCAGAACAGAUUCAGCUUCCUCCACAGCCUGUGGUUCACAGCUGGAGCUCUGACUCUUCAAGGUGCUGGUCCUCACCCCAAAGCUCUUUCAGGACGCAUCAUUUGCUGCAGCUGGUGGUUAUUUACUGUUGUCCUCCUGGCUUGUUAUUUCUCCAACCUCAGCUCCUCUAAGAGCCCUGAGUCCUCUCAGCUGACGGUGAAAGGGUUUGAGGACUUGGCCAAUCAGGACAUGAUUGAGUAUGGCUGCCUGGCUGGCUCUUCAACCCUUGCCUUCUUUAAGAAUUCAAACAACCCAGUGUACCGCAGAAUCUACGAGCACAUGGAGAGAACUAAGAGUUUUGUGUCAUCUAUGGACGAAGGAGUCCGGCGCGCAAAAGAGGGCAACUUUGCCUUUAUUGGCGAGUCUGUCUCUCUGGACUUGGCAGUAGCACGCCAUUGUGAACUGGUCCGAGCUCAUGAAGUCAUUGGCAUGAGGGGAUACAGCAUUGCUGCCGCCCUCGGUUCCCCCUUAAUAAAGAACCUCAGUGUGGCAGUCCUUCAGCUGAGUGAGGCUGGUGAGCUGGCUUACCUGCGGAGCAAGUGGUGGGCCAGCAGCUGCAUAGCAGACAAGGCCAAGUCUACAGCUGGGCAGCUGCACAGCCUCAAGGGAAUGUUUCUGGUUCUUUCCCUGGGCUUGGGGCUGGGUGCACUGCUGGCUGUGCUGGAGCUCACAUCCAAGAGUCGCAGAAGUGCAGCAGGAGCAGAGGGUAUGUGCAAGCUCAUUCACAAAUCACAUUACUGCUGUCCAGCUACAAAACAUCCAUUGCCAAAGUGUUAACUUUCCAGAAACUGAACCAAGCAGUCCUUAUUUGUGUUUAUCCAGUGGGAUUUGAACCUGUUUCAUAAGCCUGCAGGCUGCAGUGUUUUCUCAACCAUUUAAAGACCAAGCAAUUUGUUACAGUUAAAAGAAACUCUGUCAUUUACCAACUGGUUUUCACAGCACCAAAUGCAGAGGGCACAGACUCAGCGAGUCACAGACAAAGAUUUGUGUGGAAGCUUUGAGGCACGUGGUUUUGGCAAAUCCUUGUUGGAUAAAACUUCCAACAAAGAAUUGUUCAUUACGACUCAUUGUUUCACAAAUGAAUCAAGAACAAAGUAAAGACAGAUGUUUUGGAUUCAUUAUCUUGGCUCUGUAGUAUCGUCUGUCUUGAACGAGGACUGUAAUCUGAUUUAUGUCUAGUUAUGGUAUGAGUUCUUAGUUCUUGGUAAGAGUGUUAUUUGAAAUAUGAUUCAUAUUAUUGGCCAUGUUUACAUUAAAUUCAUCACCAUAUUAAUGAAGUGAUUUGUUUCAGAAAUCCUGCUGCACUGUCCUGACUGAAGAACUGAGUCUACGCUUGAGGACCAGCGAUGCAAGCAGAGCUCAGGAAAACGCAGACAAAGAUAAAGAAAAAGCAUAGAAAUGACGUAGAAUCGUGUAGUUUUAACAAGUCUGAAAACUUUUAGCUUCCAGUGUUUUGUUUGUUUGAUAGCUUUUUCAGAAUUUCUUCUAAUAUUUGACAGAAUCAUUAACUUCACUGUAGGUUUGUGGGUUUUGAACUCAUGUUUUAUUAAAAUAAUCAAGUACAAAUGCUACAGUUUCAGUGGAAAAGCAAACAUUGUAGUUUGAAUAUUAUGAAAAUAAUUGUUGAAAUGAUCCACGUUUACACUUGAAAACUAACACAUCACUAGCAAAUACUGAUACAUUUUAUUUGCUGAUCCUUUUUUGUGACUCUUCAUCACGCUGUUUUGUACAGUUGGCAAUGGCAUCACAUGAUUUUCUUUUUACAAACUAUUUCAUGCUUAAAAACUGUUGUUUGUAAACAUUCCAGUAGCAUGAAUACAACUGUGUGGAUUGUAAACAUACAUACAACAAGCCUAAAGUAAUAAAAACUGUCUAACUGUGUAA